AUGACGGAGAACCACCACUUGAAAGUGAUCUUCUUAUACACUGCAAACCAAGUGCAGGCGAUCCAAACCAAAGGAGAACACAAAGAAGUGAGGGUAAGCCAAAUGCAAUACUAUGGCUACCGUCUUUCCAUCAGAGACGUAUAUAACCCCUUCUUAAAUGCUGGCCGGCUAACACAGCAAUAUAUAGUUGACACAUAUGUCAAAACAGAAGCCAACAGACUCAAUUAUGUCCGCCAAAAUCAACCAAAAUUGCGAGUAGAAAAAUACUCUGGAUUAAUGGACCAUUUAAAUAAUGAAGCCAAUGAGGCAGGCCUGAUUCCUGGAAAAACCUAUAUUUUGCCUUCCUCAUUUGCAGGUAGCCCCAGAAACAUGCUACAAAAUUAUCAAGAUGCAAUGGCAAUUGUCAGAAAAUAUGGUAAACCUGAUCUUUUUAUUACAAUGACGUGCAACCCCAAAUGGGAAGAGAUUGUUAAUAACCUACAACAUGGUCAAACUGUUGAUGCACGACCAGAUUUAGUUGCAAGAGUAUUUCACCUAAAACUGAAAGCUCUAAUCGAUGACAUCUGUAAAAAACAGGUUUUUGGGGGACCAAAAGCCAUUGUGUAUGUGAGAGAAUUUCAAAAGAGGGGUUUACCACAUGCUCACAUACUACUCAUUCUGAAAUACCUUUUCAAAUAUGUGUACAAAGGCCACGAUUGUGCUAAUGUUCUGAUUCAAGAACAAGGCACUUUGAAUCACGAUGAAAUUAAGACCUUUAUGGAUUCAAGUAUCCUUUGA